AUGGGGGUUUUAGGAAUCACAAGAAGGAGAUUUGAUACAUUUUUUCAUAUAAAAACUAGAAUUCGUAGAAAAGUGUCAUGUGAUUAUAUACAGAAGAGAGAAUUAUCAUCAAAUUACUUGAAGAAUGAUUCGAUUUUGCCAGUUCUGAUCGUCGGUGCUGGUCCAGUUGGACUUGUUCUCUCUGUUCUUCUAACCAAAUUAGGUGUCAAAUGUGCAGUUUUGGAAAAAAGCAUGACCUUCUCCAAACAUCCACAAGCACAUUUUAUCAACAAUAGGUCUAUGGAGGUGUUCCGCAAAUUAGAUGGCUUAGCAGAGGAGAUUCAACGGUUUCAACCACCUGUAGAACUUUGGAGGAAGUUCAUAUACUGCACAUCACUGACUGGUUCUACUAUAGGAUCUGUAGACCAUAUGCAGACUGAAGAUUUUGACAAGAUUGUCAGUCCAGUAUCUGUGGCACAUUUCUCACAAUACAAACUUAAUGGAUUGCUACUUAAGCAACUUGAAACUAUUGGAUUCACUAUUCGUAAUCAUGAGGGGUUGGAUCACAGACCGCUGGGGGAAAGGGAGAUACUGAUGGGACACAAUUGUAUAUCAGUUGACGCAACUGAUAACGUCAUUAAUGUAACCACAUCUUUUGUGAAGGAAGGGAAACACAUAAAGAAACAGAUUCCAUGUAGUUUUCUAGUUGGUGCAGAUGGUGCAGGAAGUACACUGAGAAAUCUGGUUGGAAUAGAAAUGAGAGGUGAAAAAGACUUGCAAAAGCUUGUUAGCGUCCAUUUUCUUAGCCAAGAGCUUGGGCAGUACUUGAUGUAUGAGAAACCGGGCAUGUUAUUUUUUAUUUUCAAUCCUGAGGCCAUUGGGGUUCUUGUUGCUCAUGAUUUGAAGCAAGGAGAAUUUGUAUUGCAGAUACCGUUCUAUCCACCACAGCAUAAUUUUGAGGAUUUCACAUCUGAGACGUGUAAGAGGUUAAUCUUCAAAUUGGUAGGACGAGAACUAGCAGACGUUAAUGUGGUAGACAUAAAGCCAUGGGUGAUGCAUGCUGAAGUUGCCGAGAAGUAUCUUGCGUGUGAGGACCGGAUAAUACUUGCUGGUGAUGCUGCUCAUCGGUUUCCUCCAGCUGGUGGUUUUGGGAUGAAUACUGGCAUUCAAGAUGCUCAUAACCUUGCAUGGAAACUGGCUGCAAUCGUCAAGGGUAUAACUCCAAUGUCUAUUCUUCCCACUUAUGAGAUGGAACGUAGGCCGAUUGCACUCUUCAAUACUUCUCUCAGCAUCCAAAAUUUUCAAGCAGCAAUGGCAGUUCCUACUGCACUUGGUCUUGAUCCAACCAUUGCGAAUUCAGUACAUCAAGCUAUCAAUAGCUCAGUAGGUACAAUCUUACCACCGGGGCUACAGAAGACUCUGCUAGAUGGGAUUUUCAGUUUAGGCCGUGCACAGCUCUCAGAUUUUGUUUUGAACGAGGACAAUCCUCUUGGAUCUUCACGGCUUGCUAAAGUAAGGCGGAUUUUUGAAGAAGGAAAGAGCCUUCAACUACAGUUCCCUGCUGAGGAUUUAGGUUUCAGAUACCGUGAAGGAGCACUGUUACCUGAACCCAACGAUGAGGGCUUUGUGCCAAACAAACCAGAACCCCCAACUGGUCGUAGGCAGGAAUACAUUCCGUCAGCAGAUCCAGGCUCAAGGUUGCCUCAUAUGAAUGUUCGGGUGCUAUCCGAAGUUACACGAGAGGCAACAAUUUCCACAUUGGAUCUUAUCUCCAGAGACGAAGUCGAGUUUCUUCUGAUAAUUGCACCAGUAGAUUCAUCCUAUCGGCUAGCUCAUGCCGUACUUAAUGUUGCCAAUGAACUUAACAUUUUGGUUAAGGUGUGCGUUAUGUGGCCAGACGGUUUAGUUAACGUAGACGCAAGAAGCAAGGAAUCACUGGCACCCUGGGAAAACUAUAUUGAUGUUGUGGAGGUAAGACGGGAAUCAAGUUCAUCGUCGUGGUGGGGUUUAUGUAAAAUGACACAUAUGGGAGCUAUUUUGGUUCGGCCGGAUGAUCAUAUCGCUUGGCGUGUGAAAUCAGCCAUGGUUGGCGAUAUCCAGCUCGAGAUGAAAAGGGUUUUCUCAGCCAUUUUAGGAAUAGGAUCAUAGUAUAGUUGUUUUUAGCUAUGCUCAUAGAAAUUUAGCA